UGAAGUGAGAACAGAAGCAAUCGCCGGUCUUCCCGUUCGCCGUGUUUCUACCCUUCUCCGAUUCGAUUUCGCGCUAAACAAAUCUCUCUCCGGCACGUCGCCGAUUCAAGUCAACAGAACCUCGAAGAAGUUUCUUCAAGCUCGUUAAUGGCUUCAGUUCCUUCCAAGCUCUAUGCAGACGACGUUAGCCUUGUGAUGGUGUUGCUGGACACGAAUCCUUUCUUCUGGAGCUCAUCCACUCUCUCUUUCUCCCAGUUUCUUUCCCAUGUUCUUGCGUUUGUAAAUGGAUUACUGACCCUCAAUCAGCUGAACCAAGUUGUGGUCAUUGCCACUGGGUAUAAUUCCUGUGAUUAUCUAUUUGAUUCGUCUUCGGAUACAAACCGAAACUUUGAGAAUGGGGGAAUGCCUGCCAUCUACUCCAGUUUGUUGCAGAGAUUGGACGAAUUCCUCACCAGAGAUGAACAGUUGGGAAAGGAGGAGGCUGAGGGAAGGAUUAGGUCUUCACUCUUGUCAGGAUCUUUAUCAAUGGCUCUUUGUUAUAUACAGAGAGUUUUUCGCUCAGGUUCUCUACAUCCACAACCUAGAAUUUUAUGCUUGCAGGGAUCACCAGAUGGACCUGAACAGUAUGUUGCAAUCAUGAAUUCAAUUUUCUCUGCCCAACGUUCUAUGGUUCCUAUAGAUUCUUGCUAUAUGGGUGCUCAGAAUUCUGCCUUCCUACAGCAGGCUUCUUACAUAACUGGUGGCGUACAUCAUAAACCUCAACAUUUGGAUGGGCUCUUUCAAUAUCUCAUGACUAUUUUUGCUACUGAUUUGCACUCUCGCAGCUUCUUACAACUUCCGAAGCCUGUUGGUGUUGAUUUUCGUGCUUCAUGUUUUUGCCAUAAAAGUACAAUUGACAUGGGCUACAUCUGUUCUGUAUGUUUGUCAAUAUUCUGUAAGCAUCACAAGAAAUGUUCAACCUGUGGAUCAGUGUUUGGUCAGGCUCAAUCAGAUGCUGCCUCAGCAUCUGAUAAAAAGAGAAAGACUCCAGAAACAUAGUGAUAAAGGUCCCAAGGAUGAUCUGAAGGUUUUCUCAACUAUGAUAUUUGGUGAGUCUUUCAUACUUUGAUGUUUAUCUCAUUGGCAAUUACACAUGCAUAGCUCACUGGUAUCUGCUGAGUGUUAGUUCUGUGCUUGUUUUCUUGUCAUAGCAAAAGGAUCUGUUUAUGCUGAAUUUCGAGGUGCUGAGUCUGCUGAUAGAAUUUCUAUUUACAGUCAAUGUGAAUGCAGAAAGGAACAGUUUAG